AUGACUGCCGGAUCAGCUUCUUUGGAUGCCCAGAACCAGGGCCCGACGAUUUUGGCAGUAUGUUGGAUUUUGGUUCUUAUUCCUGCCGUGAUGGUUGGGUUGCGAAUUUGGUGCAAGAUGAUGCUGAGUAGAGGCCUUGGCUGGGAUGACCUUGUGAUUUGUCUCGCAUUGUCCAUGCUCUUUGUCUACACGGCGCUUAUCACCAAAGCUGUGCAGAUGGGAGUAGUAGGCAGGCAUGUCUUUGCGAUUGAGAAUGAAGAGAUCGUACCGCCUGCAUUAAAGCUCGUCUACAUCAGUUUCGUGAUCAUUAUCAUUGGCUGCGUUCUUAGCAAGACUUCCUUCGCCAUCACCCUUCUUCGGAUCGUGACCAGGACAUGGAUGAAAGUUCUGUUAUGGGCAAUCAUCGUCACUAUGAACGCAAUUAUGUGGCUCUGUGCAAUCUGCUAUCUUGCUCAGUGCAGGCCGGCAUCAGCCCUGUGGAAUACCAAGCUGAUGGCCACCGCCAAGUGCUGGCCCACUAGUGUGUUUGAGACGAUCGCCCUCACGGCGGGCGCAUACUCUGGAUGCAUGGACUUUAUUCUGGCUCUCUUCCCAUGGGUACUCCUAUGGAAGCUCCAAAUGAAGAAGCGCGAGAAAUUCGGAAUUGCCAUUGCCAUGAGUAUGGGUGUCUUUGCGGCAGUAACCGCCUUCAUCAAGACCUCCAAGCUGGUCAACGUCUCUCAAGUACAAGACUUCACCUGGUUCUGCUCGACAAUUAUUAUCUGGGCUUCCGCCGAGACAGGCCUCACCAUCUUCGCCGCCUCGAUUCCCUCCCUCCGAAUCCUCUUCGUCCGCAUGCGCUCCUCCAACUAUAACCGCAGCAAUCCACCCUCUUCCGAAAACUAUCAACUCUCCGACAAACGCAAUGGCCCUAAGCCAUCCACGCAGCGCGAUCCAUACUAUUACUACGGAGGCGAUGCCGUUACGCUUUCAGAUGGCCGGGACGAUAGUAGUGUGAAGAGCAUCCUGGGCAGACCGGGCAUCACAACAACCCAAGAGGUGUUAGUGACGUACGAGCAGAAUCUGGAUGCUGAUCGAGAGCUGGAAAGGUCGCGGGCUGUGGUGAGUCCAACGACUCCCACGACGCGCUACUAA